AUGGCACCUGCCGACUGGACUGUUGUGCUAGCGCUCUCGGCGCUCUGCCUGCACCGGGGAGUCUCCUCUACCGAGUACUUCUCCACCCUCACCUUCUUCAACAGCGAGCUGCACAAACACGGAUGCGCCUCGCCUUCCGAAUGGGAGGAGUACGCAGCCGACUGCGAGCCGUCCAUUUUACAGCUGGAGGACCCAGACUGCGAAGAAGGAAGCAACCCUCCCUGUGAGUCAGUCUUCUCUCUUAACGCAGAGAAAAUCCUGAGCCAGGCCAAAGUGAUUAUAGAACAGAAGAAAAUCCCUUUCCCUGUCGAUAUCCACAGCACAAAUGAAGAACUGGCGAUCGGCUAUGUUCUGAUAGGCAACGGCCUGUAUGAUGAAGCCAUCAAACACUUCUCCCUUUUACUCCAGGGAGACCCGGAGUUGGUCAGCGCCAUCUAUGGCAGAGGGAUCGCUUAUGGAAAGAAAAGUCUACAAGACAUAAAGAACGCUGACUUGGCCCUGUAUGAGCUCAGCCGAGUCAUCACCCUAGAACCCAACUGGCCAGAGGUCUAUGAGCAGAGAGCGGAGAUCCUAUCUCCACUGGGUCGUAUCAGUGAGGCAUUGGGAGAUUUGACCAAAGCCAUCCAGUUGCAGCCUUCUGCUCGCCUCUACAGGCACAGAGGAACGCUGCUCUUCAUAUCGGAGGACUAUGUUGCAGCUAUGGAGGACUUCCAGCAGUCUUUGGACCUCAAGAAGAACCAGCCUAUCGCCGUGCUGUAUAAAGGUCUCACCUUCUUCCACCGAGGCAUGCUGAAGGAAGCCAUUGAGACAUUCAAGGAGGCUCUGAAGUUGAAGUCUGACUUCAUUGAUGCCUAUAAAAGCCUAGGACAGGCCUACAGAGAGCUAGGAGACUUUGAGGCAGCGAUGGAGAGUUUCCAGAAAGCUCUAAUGUUAAACCAGAACCACAUCCAGUCUCUCCAGCUCAGAGGCAUGAUGCUGUACCAUCAUGGCUCACUACAGGAGGCCAUAGGCAAUUUCAAGCGGUGUCUCCAAUUGGAACCAUAUAAUGAGGUGUGUCAGUACAUGAAGGGCUUAAGUCACGUGGCCAUGGGACAGUUCUAUGAAGGCAUUAAAGCUCAGACCAAGGUAAUGUUGAACGACCCUCUACUGGGACAGAAGGCCAGCUCCGAAUACCUCAAAGUCAAAUACCUCAGAGAGUACUCUCGAUACCUGCACUCCCACCUUGACAUCCCAGUAGCAGAGUACAACGUGGACCAGGACCUACCGGGAAACUUCAAGAAUCACUGGGCCAAAAACCUGCCUUUUCUCAUAGAGGACUACGAAGAACAACCAGGCCUGCAACCACACAUUAAGGAUGUGCUACCUCAGAACUUUGACAGCUACAGCAGCGACGUUAAGAAGUUGAUCUGUGCAGCCGAUCAGCUUGGCGCCCUAAUGCAAUACAACACACCGGGCUUCCUGCCCAACAGAAGAAUACACAGAGCGAUGGGCUUAGCAACGCUGGAGGUGAUGCAGGCCAUACAGCGGACAUGGAGCAACUCCAAGGUGCGAGUCAACGGCAAGACCAGGCAAAUGCAGUGGAGAGACAUGUUCGACAUCGCCGUCAAGUGGAGGAGAAUUGCGGAUCCAGACCAACCAGUUCUGUGGCUCGACCAGAUGCCCGCUCGGAGUCUCAGUCGAGGCUUCAACAAUCACAUCAACCUCAUCAGAGGGCAGAUCAUCAACAUCAGAUACCUGGCCUACUUCGACAACAUCCUGGAUUUCAUUAAAGACCGAAUACUGGUGUACCACGGAGCCUACAACCCCAGAGGCUUGCUAGAGGUCCGCCAGGCUCUGGAGAAUGUUAAUAAAGUAGAGGAUCUGCUUCCUAUAAUGAAGCAGUUCAACAGUAAAACCAGGGAUGGCUUCACCGUCAACUCCAAGGUGCCCAGCAUGAAGGACCCCGGGAAGGAGUAUGACGGUUUCACCAUCACUAUAACUGGAGACAGGGUGGGGAACAUGUUGUUCUCGGUGGAGACCCAGACAACAGAGGAGCGGACCCAGCAGUACCAGUCGGAGAUAGAGUCCAUCUACAAAGAUCUGACUGCCAAAGGGAAAGCCCUGAUGCUGUCCACAGAACUGGGGGAUGCAGAUGCUGUGUGUAAUCUCAUCCUCUCCUUGGUUUACUACUUCUGCAACCUCAUGCCUCUCUCCAGAGGGUCCAGCGUGGUAGCCUACUCUGUAGUAAUGGGGGCUCUAAUGGCCAGUGGGAAGGAAGUCAUUGGCAGGAUCCCUAAAGGAAAGCUGGUGGAUUUUGAAGCCAUGACCACGCCCAGUCCAGAGAGCUUCAGUAAAACAGCAAAGAGUUGGAUGAAUCUCAAGAGUUUACCAAAUUGGUAUCAGAGUCUUCCGUCGGUGGCAGAGACCUUUCCCUCCACAAGAGCAAUGAUAGAGGUCCUCAAUACUGACUCGGCUUCACACUGUGCGAAGACAUCCUAACAGAACUUCUACACAAGACGCGAGUCUGUGAAGAUGCACUAAUGGAACUUUUACACUGGGCGAAACCAAAGGAGAAUUUCCUUCUGCAUCGUACACCAACUUGGCCUGGGUUUCUUUAAAGCAUUUUAGCAGAUGACAUCACUGACUCAUUAAAUCAUCAUCAUCAUCAUUAAAUUCAUCACCAGAGAAAAUGAUGGAACUGCUCGAUGCUAACAGGAAGCUAGGCCCAGCUAGGUACUUCACUCCAACACAACCUUUGGAUUGUUACAAUAGAUUUUCCAAAAAUAGUUAAUGUAUGUGUUAAAAAAAAAAAACACCCAAAAAUUGAAUCCAAAGCCUAGCGCACAAGUCUAAACUGCAGCUAUACUUAACUUGAAGAAACGUAAAAGUGGGUUUUUAUCAGGCUUCAUGCAGUAGGAUUUCUGCUCGGCCCCCUUUUCCUUUUUCGUUUCUCUCGCUGUCUCUUGGCCUCUGCUUACAGGCCCUGCCCAAAAACCCAAAGCACAAAGUCCACUGCUUAACUCAUCAGCGCACACAAUCUAAUGCUGUUCCAUCUUAAUUCUUAGCUUUAUAUGAGUUUUUUUUACAGUUUUAAUAUUGAACUCCCCUUUCACAUCGGAGGAGGUGAGGCACACUGACACCGUUGAGACCUUUGGGUAUUCAUUGACUACGUUUACUUGAUGUUAGAAAAAGUGGAUUUGUUGUAUUAGUCUGACGAAAACUGGACUUUUAAAAUACAUGUAAACGUGUUAGUCCGACUGAAAUCGUAUUAAAUCGAAUUUCUCGAGGUGGGACUAACACACCUAGAUACUGCGGUUGGGGAUCGAUUCAUUCUGGCAUGUAUACGCUUCAAUCGGCCCCGAACUGGCCUAGGCGUUCUGCGCAUGAUCCAUAGUUCCCAUGGCGCGCUUUCAUCCAGUAGCAACCAGCUGAAAGGGCGGGGGGGGGGGGCAUAUCGCCACCUACCGUACCGGGGUCAGACAUACUACAGUCAAUAAAUCGAUUCUCCCCCGGUUCUUGUAUACUGGGACAACGACAGUAUUCCAAUUACAUGGCCUAAUCGAGCUGUAACCGUAGCUCGACUUAACUGUGCAUGUAAACGCAGUCACUGACUCCUGUAAAGAUAUAUCCAUACUACCUUGGUGCUACCUGGAAAAAACGUCAAAAUGAAAUUUUUAUGAUUGUAAAUUGGCACUUUACACGUAUUGGCUUCUUUUAACCACCCUGCUCUUUGUAUCCCAAACAAUCCAGCAUACCUGUGGAGAGAUUUAAAGCACGUUCUGAAGUAAAAACCAACAUCAGGGUCAUUCUACUCCAUGUGGAAAACUUGAACAUAUUAAGGAUGAAAGCAAGCAGACACUUUUAUAUUUAUAUUUAGUUAACAUCAGCAGGUGUUGACCCACUUUUAACUUGACCAGGAAAGAUCCGUUUACUCCCAAACUCAUCAAAGGAGGCUUGUUCCUGGCUAACUGCACAAUCGGUAAUGCUGGAGAACUAUCUUUCUAUUUAGGACCUCUAAGUUUACAGUUUCUUGAGUGUAGGAUUUUUGUACCUUCAUAAACCAUAAUUCACAAACCUUUGGCCUCCUUAGUGAAAGAGAUAUUGGGCUGAAUUGCUAAUAAAAAAAAAUCAGUCAAUAGGAGAAGUCUGAAAGAGUUGUAGUAGUCUGGGAUGAGGUUCAAUCCAUUUGUAAAGCCGAGAUCCCAUUGAAACGAUGACUUCAUUUCCAUUUAAGUUCACAAAGACGCUCGUGUCGCUCUCGGCUCCUGCACGUCCUCAUUGCUCUCGUCUGCUCUGGUUCAGAUCCAGAUGAGUCCUUAUGGUUGGAUAAAAGCACACUAGUGUCCCAGCUGUAACAUUUCUUUGUUUUGCUGUGAAAAGAAUGUGAUUUUAAAUGGUCUCUUUCCUCCUCUCGGGAUUUUUAUGUCAUCUUCUUAGCCUCUUUUUACCUAAUUUGUUUGAGACGUUAUUGAAUCGACCUCAUUUGAACAAUUAUUUUCAGAAGUUCACUAGGAAGCUUUUUUCCCCCCAAAAUAUUGAUUAACAUUUGAUAUGCACUCAAGUGUUUUUUCCCUCAUAACGUUUCAGGCAGAAAAACUUGCCUGGUGCUUCACAGGUCUCUGGGGGAGUUGGUUUCUUAAAUCUUACUAAGGCCAUGUAUGUAAACAUCAACAUGGAACAGGAGCUCAUGUCCCUCUGUUGGUGUCAACCACAAGAUACCAGAUGUGUGCAUCUUCAUAUCCAGUCUACAAGCAUUGCUGAUGAUAAAGCUAGAGUAUAUCACAUGGAUCCUGCAGGGAUGGGCAGUGUGAUCCAGAAAGAGCCGGUGCAGGUCUUUGUUCCAACCAAGCAGUUACACACCUGAUUCUAUUAGUCAACCAAUAGUCUUUGCUGACGACAUUGAUUUGUAGACUCGGGUGUGUAACUGCUUGGUUGGAACAAAGACCUGCACCGGCACUGGCCUUUUCUGGAUCAUGUUGAACCAUCCCUGCGGGGAACAGCUGUUUAUCUUUCUGAGUAUCACAGAUAACUUUGGUACACCCCAGCAGUCUCAUUUGAGUUUCUCAUAUUUGAUGUAGGAGUUGUCUGCAUCCUCAGAGAAGGAAUUUGUUAUUUACAAGCACCAGCUCAUAAACUAAAGACUUGAGUGUCCAAAUAUCGAAGACAUUUUUUUGUGCUUAUGUGUCUUGUGUGUAAUCUAAAUGGGUUGGAUAGUGACUCGCCGAGGUGAUUAAAAGCACAAGCAGAAUAAAACUAUGCUGCCUGGUUAGUUGGAAGUCGUAUAAUCCAUCAGGAGGGGUUCACCUCGCAGAUCAGAUUAUAGCAGACUUUUAAUGAUUUGUUACUGUGAACUGUUUGAUUUAGGGGCCUUGAGACAUCUUAAAAAAAAAAUAAAAACGUCAAAACUUAAGUAGUUCCAGCUUGAAUUAAACCAGCAAUUCUGAGUCCCAAGAGGUGGAGCAGUUUGGCCUCUGUUGGCACAUCUCUUUAUUAUGGAAAAUAAAGACACAUCAGGAUGGGAGGAAUGAUGUUAAAGAAAAACAUGCCGUUUGAGCUCUGCCAUGCAACACUUAUCAAAAACCCCUCAGAAUAAAUUAUUAUUAUUAUUAUUAUUAUUCUCAUGCAAGUCUGAUUGUGCUGAGAGAAUGGGUUCGUCUCAUCUCUCGUUCUACCUUUUUACAAACCAGUCAUUUCCACGAACAGGGCUUUUAACAGGUUAAUGUCCCAACUUUGAGUUUGAAACUUGGAGGAGGCGGAAGUUUUUAAUGAAUGGGAACAUUCAGUGAUCAAUAAAACAAGUUGACA